UUUGUGUGAUGGUGUUUGAGGUUUGUACUUUGAAGGCAUCAUAGCGAAUCAACAAGUCAGUUUGAGUUGGUUGAUAUAAUUACGUACAAAAACCAAGUCCAUUUCAUUUCCAGAUACUCACUUUCACUUCUUCUCUAACACCAUUCCAGUCUAGAAGAAGGAACAAGUUUUGAAACAUCUUUCUUCUGCUCACAGUCAUAUUAUCGUCUGCCGUCGCAUGAACAUGUGCAAAAUAUGCCUUUGAAGAAAUCAAGAAUAUCCAGUACUCUAUCAGAUUCCAUGCCUGCCAUGAAAAAGAAUUACAGCACCGGGUUGUGACCCUUGAAGGAGUGAAUUCUGAGCAGGAUCGUUUUGGAUCUGUAUUCAACAAGUUGGUCAUGGAGCUUGGGGAACCUGUUGACUUUGAACUUCCAGAUUGGUUUAAUAAGUCGAAGUCAAAGCCAACGUACACCUAUAUAAAACGCAAUAUAUAUGUCACUAAGAAGGUCAAGAGACGGUUUGAUGAUGAUGGCAUUUUCUGUUCCUGUACUCCUUCAACUGGAUCUACUAGCGUAUGUGGUAGAGAUUGCCACUGUGGGAUGCUUCUGUCUAGCUGUUCUUCAGGCUGUAAAUGUGGGAGCUCCUGUCUUAACAAACCAUUUCAGCAUCGUCCAGCGAAAAAGAUGAAAUUGGUUAAGACUGAGAAAUGUGGUUCUGGAAUUGUGGCGGAUGAAGAUAUCAAGCUUGGGGAAUUUGUUAUUGAAUAUGUUGGAGAAGUCAUCAAUGACCAAACAUGUGAAGAUAGGCUUUGGGAUAUGAAACGUCGUGGGGAAACUAACUUUUACUUAUGUGAAAUCAAUCGAGAUAUGGUGAUAGAUGCUACAUAUAAGGGAAACAAAUCAAGAUAUAUCAAUCAUAGUUGCUGCCCCAAUACUGAGAUGCAGAAAUGGAUAAUUGAUGGUGAAACCAGAAUUGGCAUAUUUGCAACUCGUGACAUACAAAAGGGCGAGCAUCUGACUUAUGAUUACCAGUUUGUUCAAUUUGGUGCAGAUCAAGAUUGCCACUGUGGUGCUGUCGAGUGUAGGCGUAAGCUGGGUGUGCGACCUACCAAGCCUAAGUCUUCAGAUGCUGCGUUAAAAUUAGUUGCAUAUCAGGUUUAUCAGAAUGGAGGUUUGCAAAUUGGAAAUUCUCGUGUUGUUGACCAAUCAAAGUGCUUACACAAUUGCAUUGGUGAAGUUAUUAGGUUAAAACAACAUGGAAAUGUGAGGUUUGGGAUUAUUAAAUGGUUUGAUAAAUAUUCUCAAAAACACUCAAUCAUGUUUGAGGAUGGUUGUGUUGAAAUUUAUGAUAUGUCAAAAGAAGACUGGGAACUUGUGAGAUUGUGAUGCAACUGUUGGGUAUAAAUUACUUCCGUGUGUGCAGGUGAAAUGAACUGAAAAUUAGAGUCAUUAUUCUUUCAUUGCAUGUGCAUAAUUCUUGUAGUUGCUGAGGCUCUGACCAACAGAAUAUGAAGUGGGAUAGAUCAACAUAAGUCUUACUAAUUGAAGGCACUAUAAAGUUACUUUGUUUUCCAUUGACAAACUGUAUAACAGAAACCUAAAAGAUUGUUGUUCAAAGUACUGAAAACAAUCCUUGUAUUUGUGCAAAUCCUGAUUGUACUGUAAAAUGAGGGUUGGGGUUGGGUUCAUCUUAGACCGGUACCUGGGAUUUGUGCAAUUGUUGUAUCAUGUGUAUUCUUUUACUUUCUUUUCUGCCUCCCCAUUUUUUUGGUAGUUGUAGUUUAUAACUUAGUGUUAAAUGAGGUGGUUCCUAUGGGGAAAAAAAGCAGUUUUUUUUUAUAUGCAUUACUCUUUGAUAAAUGGAUGAAAGCUUUGUAUCUUAUAAAGUGCGGCACAUUAA